UGUAUUAGUGAGGUCCAUAUAAAGAUUGGAGGUGUAGUGAUAAGUUAAAGAGAAGAGAGACAAGAAAACAAACAAGAGCAGACAUGGAGUGGAACGGGAGCACAAGACGUUAUGUUCCUCGACCAGACUCUUCCUUCGGCUUCCUUUACAACUACAACUACACACCAUACCCAGGAAUUGAAGUGAAGCAACAAAGUGUAGCGGAGUCAAGUUCGUCCAUGGAAAAAAUGAACCAGGACAAGAAGAAGAGAUUAACGAGCGACCAGUUGGACUCGUUGGAGAGUAGUUUUCAGAAGGAGAUAAAGCUUGACCCUGAUAGAAAGAUGAAGCUUUCCAAGGAGUUAGGGCUUCAACCUCGUCAAAUUGCUGUCUGGUUCCAAAAUAGGCGUGCAAGGUGGAAGAACAAGCAACUUGAACACUUGUACGAUUCGCUUAAACAGGAAUUUGAUGUCAUAUCCAAGGAAAAACAGAAGCUAGAGGAAGAGGUAAUGAAGUUGAAGGGUAUGCUGAGAGAACAAGCUUCUAGAACACAAGUAUCAACAGGUUACACAGAAAUCUCUGGAGAAGAAACAGUAGAAAGCACGUCAGAGGCUCUGCGUUGCUCGAAACGAAGAACAGUGCAGCAGCAGCAGCAGCAUCAGCAGCAUCAGAAUAUCGGAGAAGGAAACUGUUCUUUCACUUUGGAAGAUUACAACACAGUUCCAGUACUACCCUACUGGCCUGGGGUCCCUUACUAUCCCUAGUAGUGAAUAAUACUUUGUGUUUGAAAUAAUAAUAUUAUUGCGAGUGAUGAUGAGUUUAGUUAUAAUUAACUUAAUUUAUUGGUAACGUAAUUUGUGUGUGUAGUGUGGUUAAGGUGAUGGAAAACCCUUUUUCCGUAGGAACUGACAUUAGGAUAAAAUCAAAGAGAUCGAGCAGAGAGACCUGCAUGUUGUUGGUUGGUACGGUAAUUAUU